ACCACUGAGGUUCACACCCUUACUGAGGUUGAAAAGGACGACAAAUCCAAGGGAAAAGGUGUCUUGGUGGAAGAUAGUAAGGGAAGGAAAAAUCUGAAAAAUUGGAAACGGCAGGCUAGGGCUCCGAAUGUCUCAGCUAAAACAAAGAAGGAGGCAAUUGUGGGAAAUAAGCGACAAACAGCAAAUGCAGUUCACACGAUGGAGGUGGAUGGGCAGUCGAGUUCGAAGAAAAGGGUUUCUCUUGACCAGGUAUAAUUUGGGAAAGCGGUUCCAAAUCUUAAGCUCCCAACGGCAGAGUCUGGUUUCCAGACCUGCCGAUUGCCAUGAAAAUAUUAAGUUGGAACUGCCGAGGAAUUGGGCAAC